GAGUUGCAGAGCAUCGAUCGAUCGAGAAGCAUAACAAACAUUGCAAGCUAAGCUAGUUCGAUCGAUGAUGGGUAAUUACCAUCUUCUUCUUCUAGUCAUGGUGGUGGCAGUAGUACUCCAUGCCCCUGCGGCAGUGCAGGCGGCGGCGGCGCAGAAGCAGCUGGUGCCGUGCAUGUACAUCUUCGGCGACUCGCUGGUGGACAACGGCAACAACAACAACAUCCUCAGCCUCGCCAGGGCCAACUACCGCCCCUACGGCGUCGACUUCCCCGACGGCGCCGCCCCGCCCGGCCGCUUCACCAACGGCCGCACCAUGGUCGACCUGCUCGCCGGCCUCCUCGGCUUCCAGCCGCCCUUCAUCCCGGCCUACGCCAUGGCGCAGCCCUCCGACUACGCGCGCGGGCUCAACUUCGCCUCGGGCGCCGCGGGCGUCAGGCCGGAGACCGGCAACAACCUCGGCGGCCACUACCCUCUGUCGGAGCAGGUGAGCCACUUCCGGUCGGUGGUGGGCCAGAUAGCGCCGGCGGGGAGGGACAAGCGCCUGGGCCGGUGCAUCUACUACGUGGGCAUGGGCAGCAACGACUACCUCAACAACUACUUCAUGCCCGACUACUACAACACCGCCCAGACCUACGACCCCGCCGCCUACGCCGCCGCCCUCCUCCAGGAGUACGAGCGUCAGCUCACCGCCCUCUACGCCCUCGGCGCCAGGAAGUUCGUCGUCGCCGGCGUCGGCCAGAUCGGCUGCAUCCCCUACGAGCUGGCCAGGAUCGACGACGACGGCGAUGACCAAGGACGAGGACGCCCCCCUCCUACUUCCGGCAUCGGCCUUGCGACCCCUGGCAUCACCGUCAGCAUCGGCGGCAGCGGCGGCAACCGGAGCACAGCGAACGGCGGCGCGAAAAAGAGCGGGUGCAACGACAAGAUCAACAGCGCCAUCGCCAUCUACAACAAGGGGCUGCUGGCCAUGGUGAAACGCCUCAACCGCGGGCAGCAGACGCCGGGGGCAAACCUCGUCUUCCUCAAUGCCGUCAACAGCGGCAAGGACCUGGCGGCCAACGCGGCGGCGUACGGGUUCACGGUGCUCGACCGCGGGUGCUGCGGCGUGGGGAGGAACAACGGCCAGAUCACGUGCCUGCCCAUGCAACGGCCCUGCGACGACCGCACCAAGUACAUCUUCUGGGACGCCUUCCACCCCACGGAGGCGGCCAACAGGAUCAUAGCCAACAAGGUCUUCAGCUCAUCCUCCACCUCCGACGCCUACCCCAUCAACGUCAGCCGCCUCGCCGCCAUAUGAAAUCGAUCCACUCCACCUGAUGAUCUCUUUAAGUAGCUACUACAUCGUUUUUCAGUACAAUAAAAUUGUGGUAAUGCUAGGCGUGCGUUGAUCAGACGUGUGGAGAUCCAGAUCAGCUACGCCCUGCACAGUCGGCACUCACACUUAAAUUGGUUGAUCUAGUGCCUCGAAUUGUUGCAACAAAUAUCUCUCACAUGCAACACUAUUUUUUUAUGUCAACUAGUAAAAAGUCCUUGUGUUGCUACGGGGCAUAUCAAACAGUUUGUUCAAUACCAAUUGUGUCUAAUGUAUGCGUUUUGAAUCCUCGUGUA